AAAAUGAACCUGGUUUACAAGAAGUCAUGUUUAUUCCUUGAGUCAUAAGUAACUUCUUCCUAAGACCAAAAUUGAUUAUUGCAUAAUGAAGAGCUCUUUUGCCUUGCUUCUUCUGGCUAUUCACUGCACCAUUGGAGCCCCUCCUAGUGACAGCCAGGCUGAAGGUGCCUGUCCGGACGGUUCUACUCCAGUGAACUGUUUGGUUAACCCAUGCCAGUUUGCCAGUUGUCCUGCCGUGGCUGGUGCCACAUGUGUAGCUGACUACUGUGGAGGAUGUAAUGCCCGAUGGAUCCUCAAUGGUCUGGAGGUCACCCAUCAGUGUCAAGGUAUAGUUAUAGCUAAACCAUUUCAGCAAGGGAAAGUGUUAUACACUUUAUCAUUAAAAGGAUGUUCAGAUGGCUCUCAGCCUGUCAAUUGUCUAGUGGACCCCUGCCAAACUGCAACAUGUCCUUCAGUCAAUGGCGCUACCUGUGUAGCUAACUACUGUGGAGGAUGCAAUGCCCAGUGGUUCCUUAAUGGCCACGAUGUCACUGAGCAGUGUCAAGGCUGCAGUGAUGGUUCGGUGCCAGUCAACUGUCUAGUGAACCCCUGUGACACUGCUACUUGCCCUGCUAUCAACAAAGCAACAUGUGCCGCUGAUUAUUGUGGAGGCUGCAAUGCCAGAUGGCUACUGAAUGGUGAUGAUGUCACCAACCAAUGUCAAGGAUGUCAGGAUGGUUCCUGGCCUGUCAGAUGUAAGGUGAACCCAUGCCAAACGUCCAGUUGUCCUGCUGUGGCUGAUGCCACAUGUGUAGCUGACUACUGUGGAGGAUGUAACGCUCAUUGGGUUCUCAAUGGUCAGGAAGUAACUGACAGAUGUCGAGGUGCCUGUCCAGAUGGUUCUAGUCCAGUGAACUGUUUGGUUAACCCAUGCCAGUUUGCCAGUUGUCCUGCUGUGGCUGGUGCCACAUGUGUAGCUGACUACUGUGGAGGAUGUAAUGCCCGAUGGAUCCUCAAUGGUCUGGAGGUCACCAAUCAGUGUCAAGGUUGUCCAGAUGGCUCCCUCCCUGUAAAUUGUCUGAUUGAUCCAUGCCAGGUGAAUACCUGCCCAUCCCUCCCAACUGCCAGUUGUGUGGCUGAUUACUGUGGAGGAUGUAAUGCAAGGUUCUUUAUCAAUGAUGUGGAGGUCACCCAUGCAUGCUCUUUGUGUGGGAACAAGACUCAGUGAACAGUUGCAUUACAAGAGAGUUUACAAGGAUUUUAUACUAAUUUUCAGUCAUAAAGUGUU